AAAAUAUUUGGUGAUUAGUUUUUUUAUAUUAAGUAAUUUUGAAAAUGGGUUUCAGGUUAGUAUUGCAAUGAAUUUGUACUGUCAACAAGUAAAGCUAACUUAGAAAAUAGUGAAAAAGAUACAGUUCAUCAUUGAAAUUCAGACAUAAAUAUUUGGAUACCUAAUAGGCCUCAAUGCUAGUUAUGUAAUAUAUAUCAUUCAAGAUGCUGGAUAUUGAUGAACUGAUUCAGGAGCUGUGUUCCUGUGCAGAUCAGAUAGAGUUCCAUAGUCUGUCAAGCCAGACACAAGGGACCGAAGGAUAUGAAGAGAAUACGGGACUAACUGAUGGGAGUGCGGAUGAUACAGUACAAGUAGUUCCAACUGACUGCAUACGAACAAUAGUGGAUGCACAUAUCAAAGAUGCAGAGGACAUUGUCGAAGAUAUAAACACUAAGGAACAUCAAAGUAACAUUGAAGAUCUUGAAAAUGUCAUUGAUUUCUCAUCUGCUUUCUCAGAUGAUGAUGACUGGCAAGUCAAUGUGAAGACUCCAAAGACUUCAAUCAAUUCUGAUUACAGCUCUGUAUUUUUUAAAACUAACAAUUCUCCAAUUGUUCCGUCUGAGAGAAUUAACCAUGACGAUACAAUCAACGAUACUGUAGAUGAGGACUACAGUGGAAUAUUUGACUUCUCGACCCCGACACAUGAUAUAAUCAAUUACACCACUACUAUUGAAGAUUUUGUAAAUAUUGAAAACUCCAAGAGUACAAAUAUAAAAUAUUCUGUUGGUGACAGGAACACUAGUAAUACUAUCAUUGACUUUGCAAGAAUUCCAGAAAUAGAGAUUAAGCAGGAAAUUACAAAUGAUUCUCUACAAGAAGAUGACAAUAUUGAAGUUGGUAGGGAUAGUGAAAUAAUCGACUCUUCACAUGACGAAGACACUGUUGUUCCUGAUACCGAUAGCCAAGAUACAGGAAAGAUACUGGAAGCAAUAUUGUCUGAUAUAAAACAAACUGUGGAUGGUGCUGAUGUUGAUGCAACAGAUGUAGACUAUCCAAAAUCUGGAGAAAAGCCAGUUCCAAUUAAAUCUGAAAUGAAAGUUGAGUAUUACCAUAGUCCCAUCCAUAACACUAUCUCACCAUCCCCCAGUCCAAUAUCUAGUUUAUAUUCCACCCCCAUCUCUUGUUUACAACCCUCUUCCAGCUCUAGUUUACAUACCAUCCCCAGCUCUAGUUUACACCCCACCCCCAACUCUAGUUUACACCCCACCCCCAACUCUAGUUUACACCCCACCCCCAGCUCUAGUUUACACCCCACUCCCAGCUCUAGUUUACACCCCA